CACCCCCACCCACCGCCUCCCGGCAGCGUAGUUACUCCCCUCCCUCGCCAUCAAUCCUCCUCCCCCUGUUCGCUGUGCAGUGCUCAGUGCAUGCCACUCCCGUUUCUCCCUCCACCACCAUUCACCACCACCAGUGCCACUGCCACUGCCACACACCCACACCGAAUUACGCGGCGGCCCUGCGCGCAGGAUGCUCUUUGCCUGCCUGCCUGCCUGCUACUGCUCAUCUCUGCCCAUAUAGCGCGCGGCUAGCAGCUUCCGGAUGGACGCGUGCGAUGUAGCAGUGGCCAGCUACUCGGCAGCAGCGCUCGCUCUCUAGACGCUUGGGCUUGGCACGCCGUCGCCGAGAUCAUCCAUGGCCGGCGCAGGCCAGGAAGAAGAAAAGGUGGAGCACGAGGGAGAAGAAAUGGUGGCCGGCCGGCAGCAAGGAUCGUCGCGCGGCGCCGUGGAGCAAUGCGGCGGCCAAGCACAGCCUGCCGUCACCGCUCCAUGCUCGUCCAAGACAAAGGAGCUGAUAGCGGAGAUCGAAUUGCUCGAGGAGGAAAUCGCCAACCGCGAGCAGCACGUUCUUACUCUCUACAGGAGCAUCUUCGACCAGUGCAUGUCUGGGCCACCGUCUGGGCAGAGCUCUGGCAUCUCGUCCCCCGCGCACGCCAAAACUAUCACCGCUAGGACACGAAGGCAGCCGAGCAUAAUAUCGAGUGCAUUUUGCUCGUCCAAGAAGCUCCCGCUCCAGCCCUUCCACAUCACAGAGUCACUCUCCGAGUCGGGAAGAACCAAGAACACGCUCAAGGCUAAGAUCAAGCACCCAUCUUUUUCAAGCGAAACAUUGGAUAGCAGCCAUUCUACUUCCUUCCCACCGGACCCAAAAAAGCUACCUUAUUCUGGGAGUGGCGGCUCUCUUGCCCGCACUCUGAAAGACCACCUCUACCAAUGCCCAAGCAAAAUAUCCGAAGAAAUGGUCAGAUGCAUGGCAUCCAUAUACUAUCUUCUGCGCACCGAGGCGCCAGCAGGAAAGCCUGAGAAGGCCCGCUCGCCAUUCUUGUCAAGGUCAUCGACGAAUGUCAUCCUUCCUCGGCGGGUGAACGGAGAGGAAAACAGCGCACCGAACAACAGGUGCACGGUGGAAAUAGCUUCCAUAUCAGUUGACAAGAACCAGAUGCCAGAUGUCUCUUACGCGAUCACCCACUACAGGUUGCUUGUGGAACAGCUUGAAAGAGUUGAUCUGAGCGUGUCGGAGAACAGCGUUAAGUUGGCCUUCUGGAUUAACGUUUACAAUUCGCUUAUCAUGCAUGCGUAUCUGGCAUAUGGGAUUCCAAACAGCUCUCUGAAAAGAAUGGCGCUAUUUCACAAGGCUGCCUACAAUAUUGGAGGGCAUGCCAUUACCGCCAAUGCUAUCGAGCACGCCUUGCUGUGCUUCAGGUCUCCACGGAUCGGUCGUUGGUUCGAGUCCAUCCUCUCGACGGCUAUGCGGAAGAAAUGCCCGGACGAGAAGCAGCUGGUCCAGCUCAAGUUCGGCCUGCAGGAGUGCCAGCCUCUGGCCCUCUUCGCCCUGUGCACCGGCGCUUCGUCUGACCCCAUGCUGCGGGUGUACACGGCGAAGAACGUGAUGGAGGAGCUGGAGCGCGCCAAGCGAGAGUUCCUGCAGGCGACGGUGGUGGUGCGCAAGUCCACGAAGAAGCUGUUCCUGCCGCGCCUGGUGGAGCGGUACGCGAGGGAGGCGUGCGUUGGCCCCGACAGCGUCCUCCCGUGGGCGCAGCGCGAGGGGGCCGUCGCCGUCGUCGACGACCGGCCGCAGCAGGAGGCCGCCCAGCGGGGCGUGGGGAGCCGGCGCAAGGCCGUGCAGGCCGUAGAGUGGCUGCCGUACGCCACCAGAUUCCGCUAUGCCUUCGCCAGGAGCAUGGUCGACAAGCCACACUGCUAGCUGCUUCGCCUCGCACAGUCGCACUCCUCGCAUCGCAGCUGUUGCCGUCUGGCCCCGUUUCCGCUGGAGAAAGACAUCUGAUCGCUGUGGCGCAGCCAUUCUGAUGGCUAGAUGUAAAUGUCUCGUUGAUGCUGCGAUGUUGACGGCUAGAUAGUACUGCUCCGUUCCGUAGUGAACAAGUGGCAAGGAUGGGACGAAGGGUUUGACUAAUUUUGCACAAGGUGUACAGAAGCUAGUUGAUCGCUAUUAUUUCAGGUUUCAGCAGCAGUCUGUUGGAGACCAUUUGAAUUCAUUCGAAUUGUUUAUCUACUUGGUCGUUUGUAUUUCCA